CCACUGGACUGUUUGUCUCUUUUUGUGGUACGCACAAAACUCCACACACCACAGUUGACCUUGAGAGUGCAAACACUUUCAAUCACUCCCUUUUUACUGGCUUGUUAAUAAGUACCCCCUCACACACACACACACACACACGGGUCUAUAAAGCGUUUUGCCUUCCUAGUAGGACCAUUCCUGAUGUGUGUCUUAGCGAUGAGGACCAUUGCCACUCUGCUCUCUCUCUGCUUUUGGGUACACACCGACAUCGAUGCUGCUCAAUCAGGGUCAAAGUGUGGGAUUCCUCGGGUGUGGAGCUCCAUGGCGAGGGUCGUCGGAGGGGCCGAGGCUGCAUAUGGAUCACAUCCAUGGCUAGUCUCACUGCAGAACAGGGGCUCUCAUUUCUGUGGAGGGGCCAUCCUGUCUGAUCGCUGGAUAAUGACCGCCGCACACUGCUUUGCAUCACUCUCUAAAGAGUUCCUCAGUGGUGUUAGAGUGCUGGUGGGAGAAUUUGACCGGAGAGUGGAUGAUGAAGAGGAGCAGGUCUUUCUCGUCAAGUCUGUCUCAGUCCACGAGAAGUACAAUCAUGCUUUGCCUAUGAGCUACGACAUAGCACUAAUGGAGUUGGAUCAACACAUUCAACUGGGAUCCCAUGCCCAGCCAAUAUGUCUGCCUCUGCCUGAUGACAACAUUCCACCGGAAACCAGUUGCAUUGUGGGCGGAUGGGGCAGGAUGAAGGAAAAGGGUCGUCUUCCUGCGGUACUGAGAGAGGUCCAGUUAGACUUGGUGGACCCAGCCAAAUGCAAAUACGUUCUCCAAACUGUCAAAAGUUCAAUUCGUAACCAGAGACCAGCUAGGCCUCAGCCAGCCAUGACAGUUCUGUGUGCCGGACCUGAGAGAGGAGGGAAAGAUGCCUGCCAGGGGGACUCAGGGGGUCCUCUGGUAUGUCCUGCAGGUUCAGGUGGUGGUCACUGGGUAGCGCUGGGUGUAACUUCCUGGGGGAAGGGAUGUGGUCGGAGCUGGGGAAACAACAGCAGCCGCCACCCUUCCCGAAGAGGGUCUCCCGGGGUUUUCACUGAUGUCCGGCUGCUGCUGUCCUGGAUUAAGCGUAAACUGAGAGAGGAGCUCUGCAGUAUGAGAGAUGGACCUGUAACAGACAGGGUAGGAGUAAUCAGAAACCCUGCCCACCCUGGUGAUCACUAUGACAACAACCAGUUGUGUGUGUGGAGCAUCAGUGUUCCUCCUCGUCACAGUAUUCUGUUGGAGUUUGAUCGUUUUGAUCUGGAGAAUGACUCUUACUGCCGCUACGAUCGCCUCACUGUUUCAGUAGGGACUCGCAGGCCUUUUGGUAUUUUCUGUGGAAGUGUCCUUCCUGGCCCAGUGCUCAUGAAUUCCCCGAAUGCAACACUUGUCUUUUCCUCUGACAUUAACAGAGCAGGAAGUGGCUUUGUCGUUAGGCACCGUGCCGUCCAGGGACACUCUGAUCCUGGAUGCGGGACAGUAAUUCUAAUUGAGGAUCAGACUGCUGUCCACAGCCUAAAUUACCCACAAUUCUACAGUAAUGACUGUGUCCUCCGCUGGGUUGUCUAUGCUCCACAGGGGCAUGUUGUUAAGCUUGACUUUUCUGAUUUUCACCUGGAGGAGUCUGACGGAUGCUUGUAUGACUCCCUCACCGUCCUGGGAGAUGUAGAAGGAACAGAGGAGAUAGUGGUGUUGUGUGGUGGAAGUAUCCCUCCUCCUGUCCUGUCCUACCACAACGUCAUGGUGCUUCAGUUCACAUCCGACAGCAGCAUCACACAUAGGGGCUUCAGUGCUUCACUAACAUUCAUCAUCCAUACAGACCUCUAUGAUCAGGACACAAGACGUGUGAAAAGUCGAAGAAACGGUCUGAGAGGUCUCCAAAAUGAUUUGGCAGCUAAACAGCGACACGUAACGUCAGAUGUGAACUUGGAUGUAGCAGACCCAGUUGUGCAGCAGGCCAGCAGCAGAUCCCAGUCCCACAGAGGUGAUGUGGACAACAAUAAGACCUCAGAGGACAUGGGCUCAGAUGAUGAAGACUACAAUGGAGACGCCUCAGGGACUGGGUUGUAAGCCACAGGAAGAAGGCCUCAAGACAAAAAUACAUUUCAAAGUCUGUAAUAUGUGGAAUGACUCUGGUGGUGUAUGAAGCUCAGACAAGGAUCAUUGUUAUGAUUAGAGUUAUGCUGAAGGUAGAUGUUGUGGAAUAUAAAUGAAUGGCCUUAGAAUGUAAUGGUCCCCUGGAUUUAACACUUUUACCAAAGUGAUGUAAAGAUUUUCUUUUGUUUAGUUUAUUUGUUUUCCGUAAAGGCUGAGCAGGAUUUGAUGUGUAAACAUGGUUGUGGAUAGUUUUGAUAUUAUUUACAGGACAUAGCAAUCCUGAAAUUGUAGUCUUUUUUUUGCUGGUUUGGUCAAGUUCAUAUUCGUUCUACUAACACUUCAGUGGCAUAAGCUGGACGAUUCAACCAUUUAUCGAUUAGUUUUCAUUAUUUCCACUUCUCUGCUCACUUGCUAACUACUUUACUCUAGUUGACUGUAACUCUAGGGAUCUAGCUAUUGGAUGGAUUGAAUGAAAUUUUGUACAGACAUUCAUGUCCCUGUCAGGAUGAACUGUAAUAACAAUGGUGAUCCUUUUUAUCCAGCACCAUCACCAGGUCACUCAAUUUGUCCAAUCCUUUGGUUUGUGACCAAAUACCUGCAGAACUAAUGACAUCAGCCUCAGCUGCACUUUGUGCUUAGUGCUGAUUAGCAAAUGUUGGCAUGAUAAGUUGAUAUGGUAAAAGUUACACAUGCGUGUUAGCAUCAUGGAUCUACCUUACAUCUCGUUAAUUUUAUAUAUUUUAUUUAUAUUUUAAGUCCCCCUUUUGAGGAUUUAUAAAAUGGUUCGCGGCACAUUGUAAUGUAGUUUUAAGCAGAUAUAUGUGUUUGUUAAUGUAUUUAUCAGUGACUUAUGUGGCCACCCAGGAGUAGAGGUUUGUGUAUAUAAACAGAUAAGGACAAUAUAGUAAAUCUGCAGUACUAUAUAAAAUAUAUCUGUAUCUAAGAAGUUAAAAUUGCAAGUAAUUCAAGUAUUAUAUUUGUACAACUACAUGAUAGUGUGUUAUAAACCAAUUAUUAACAUUGCAUGCUGCUUAUAAAUUAUAAAUUGUGGGACUUAAAAUAAAUUGGUACUAUUAUUUUUACUGUGAGAGGUGUCUUAUGCUUUUAAUGUUUGUAGUUGCUUUGUAGUGAUUUCUGUAGAGCACUUUGUACUUUAUCUGUUAUAUGCCGUUGUAGAUAAGUUUAUGAUUGUGUUUUUACUACAUGGUGAUUCUACAAGUAGAAUAAAAAACUUUUUGAAGGAU